GCUGCGUUCCUUCCCGCACCGCAGUGGUGACACUAGUUUGUUUACGUUCUGCUUGCGUUCUUUCUUCAAAUUUUGCAGAUAUUUUGUUUGAUGAAAACUUUGAUUUAACUUACACAGGCCACCGUAUUAGACCCAUACUUUAUCUCUACAACGUCCCCGAUAGUUAUCUCUGUAUUCCUCACGUCUUCGGUCCUCAACACCAAUUUUCAUUAUAUUGUGGUUAGAGGAUCACUCUGUUUUAUUUUGCAAUAUUUUGUUCUUAAUUCUUGUUUUAAAAUAAAUUAAUAAUUAUGGGGAAGAGGAAGAAAGAUUUGUCGCCGGGGGCCAAGAAAAAAUAUGACUCUGAUUCAAGUGAAUCAGAGACGGAAAAGUCAGCUAAGCGUGAUCUGCAGGAAAGAGAUGAAUUUGCUGCUCGUCUCAAGAAAAAAGAUAAGGAGAAGACCAGAAAUGUUGCGGAAGCACAAGGUAAAAGCUAUGAGGAAGCUGCAAAGCGUAUUAAAAUGGAAAAGGGAAACUUGGAUAAGCUGAUACCAAGUCUCAGGGUGGAGUCACGGCGGAAAUACUUGGAAAAGCGUAAGGAUGACAAAAUAGCUGAGCUAGAAGCAGACAUCCAAGAUGACGAAAUGCUUUUUGAGGAGGAUGAGUUGACAGAAAGAGAAAAAAAGGAACGAGAACGCAAGAAGCAGCUUCUUUACCUAGCUAAAGAACAUGAGCGUGCCAGGGAACUUGAGAGAAUUCAACGAUACCACAUGCCUCAAGACAAAAAGAAAGGAGAUGAUAAGUAUGAAGAAGUUGAUGAGAGAGAAAAGCAACCCCAUUCUGAGCAAAAGAAAUGGGAGGAAGAGCAGAUGCACUCAGCUAGUUGGCGUGUGGGGGCUAAAGGGGGUGUGAAAAAGGAGGAUUACGAUUAUGUGUUUGAUGAACAAAUUGAAUUUAUACAAGCUCUGCGCAUGCCUGGUGAUAAAGAAAUGACGUUGGUUACAGUAUCAGAUUUGAAGAUUGCACUUCAGAACGUACCAUUAUCAAAUAUAUGACUGAUGGUACACUACACAGGGAAUUCCUCUCUGAGCCUGACCUUCAAGGCUACAGUGUUAUGAUUAUUGACGAAGCUCAUGAGCGCACACUUCACACUGACAUUUUAUUUGGCCUAGUCAAAGAUAUUGCUCGGUUCAGGCCAGAUCUAAAACUUCUUAUAUCAAGUGCUACUCUGGAUGCUGAGAAGUUCUCUACAUUUUUUGACAAUGCUCCAAUUUUUAGAAUUCCUGGUCGUCGCUUCCCUGUUGAUAUAUAUUAUACAAAAGCACCUGAAGCAGAUUACAUUGAUGCUGCAACUGUGUCAAUUCUUCAAAUACAUGCAACACAGCCAUUGGGUGACAUUCUUGUUUUCCUUACUGGUCAGGAAGAAAUUGAAACUUGUCAAGAAAUACUUCAGGAGAGAGUGAAACGACUUGGAUCUAAACUUAAAGAACUAUUAAUCCUUCCUGUGUAUUCAAAUCUUCCAUCUGAAAUGCAAGCAAAAAUAUUUGAGCCAACACCUCCUGGGGCUCGCAAAGUGGUUUUGGCAACAAAUAUUGCUGAAACAUCUCUUACCAUUGAUAAUAUCAUAUAUGUCAUAGACCCUGGUUUUUGUAAGCAAAACAAUUUCAACUCAAGGACAGGCAUGGAAUCAUUGAUAGUUGUUCCAAUUUCAAAGGCAUCUGCUAACCAAAGGGCAGGUCGAGCUGGGAGGGUUGCAGCUGGGAAGUGCUUUAGGUUAUACACUGCUUGGGCUUUCAAGCAUGAGCUCGAGGAUAAUACUGUCCCAGAAAUCCAACGGAUCAACCUCGGCAAUGCAGUGCUGAUGCUGAAGGCACUUGGUAUCAAUGACUUGGUACAUUUUGACUUUUUGGAUCCACCACCACACGAGACACUGGUUUUAGCUCUGGAACAACUGUAUGCCCUGGGGGCACUGAAUCAUCAUGGUGAGCUUACCAAGCUAGGAAGGCGAAUGGCUGAGUUCCCUGUAGAUCCUAUGAUGGCAAAGAUGAUUCUAGCCUCUGAAAAGUACAAAUGCUCUGAUGAUAUAGUCACAAUUUGUGCCAUGUUGUCUGUAAAUGGAGCGAUAUUCUAUCGUCCCAAGGAUAAGAUAAUCCAUGCUGAUACUGCAAGAAAAAAUUUCAAUUGUCCUGGUGGAGAUCAUUUAGUGCUGCACAAUGUGUAUAAACAGUGGGCUGAUACAGAGUUUAGUACACAGUGGUGCUAUGAAAAUUUUAUCCAGUACAGAUCAAUGAAAAGAGCCAGAGAUGUUAGAGAACAGUUGGUGGGUCUCAUGGAAAGAGUCGAAAUGGAUAUGGUUUCUACUGAUGGUGAUACUGUUCCCAUAAGAAAGGCUAUCACAGCUGGCUAUUUUUAUCACAUUGCACGUCUGUCCAAGGGAGGACAGUAUAAGACUGUAAAGCAUAAUCAAACUGUAAUGGUCCAUCCUAACAGUAUGCUCUUUGAGGAUCUGCCCAGAUGGGUGCUUUAUCAUGAACUUGUUUUCACCACUAAGGAGUUCAUGCGUCAGGUGAUUGAAAUUGAAAGCAAAUGGCUUUUGGAGGUUGCUCCUCAUUAUUAUAAGGCAAAAGAACUUGAAGAUUCUACAAAUAAGAAGAUGCCAAAACUCCUUGGGAAGGCAAAAGCUGAACUUGGUGUAGUAAAUUGAGCCUACUUGUGCCCAAAUUCAACUGUGAUAGUCUCUUAUUUUUAAAAACAAAAUCAAAGUGAGCAUGUCGGCGUUUUCAAAAGAAUCUUAUUCAACUAGGAAAAUUUGCUACGAGCUUUGCUUGAGCAAAAAUAAAAAAAGAGAAUUAACAUCUUGAA